UAUACAGAAUGGAAUGUUCACCGUUGAACUUCGUUGGGUAUUUUUCAAAUGAGUUUCGCGUUUUUUUUGCGAGUGGUUCGUCAGUAAUUACGAGUCAUAAUUUACGGUCCGUUCAACUGUUCGCGUGCCAUCGUCCUUCAGUCAGCGUGCGAGCGUUUCUGUGGCCACCAUGAAUAUCUGUAAAAACGUGACCGUCUGCGGGCGGUGGUUCGUCAACGGAACAACACCUCGGAGGCUGUCGAAAUCUYUGUGGACAAAAUUCCAGACUAAUUUCGGUGUCUACGACGUAGUGGAUCACCCAGGAACUGUCAGCGAUCCCAGAACGGUGCCAGARUAYGUCACGUUACCUUCGUACGCGAAAACCGGCAUUGUCGUCGAUGAACCCAACCACGAUUGUCCACCGGAAAUCCAAAACAAGGGUCAGAUCGAGAUGCUCCGGCAGAGUUGCAAGUUCGCCAAGUUCGUGCUGGACAGCGCACAGACACGGUUGAAAGUCGGUGCUACUACCGACGACGUCGAUAGUUUCGUCCACGAUCUGGUCAUCGACAACAACGCAUAUCCGUCGCCGUUGAACUACARGGGGUUCAAGAAGUCCGUCUGCACGUCAAUAAACAACGUCGUGUGCCACGGAGUGCCCGACGAUCGGCCACUGCUUAACGGAGAUCUCAUAUCCGUAGACGUGUCCGUCUAUAUGAAUGGUUUUCACGGUGACUGCGCCGCGACCUAUUGCGUAGGCGAAGUAGACRMCUACGGUAAAAAACUGAUUAGUGUAGCAGAACAAAGCAUGUACAAAGGAAUAGAAGCUUGUGGCCCGGGCAAAAGCUUUUCAGACAUUGGAAGAGCUAUAGAACUAUAUGCUCUCCAACACGGUCACUAUGUUGUGUCAAGCAUAACCGGCCACGGCAUAGGUACAUAUUUCCACGGGCCUCCAGUGAUUUUCCAUUCUACUUUACACAAUUAUCCCGGAAUAAUGAAACCUGGUAUGGUGUUUACUGUCGAGCCAGUAGUUUGCCAAGGGAGUAGCGAUGUUGAGAUGUUAGAAGAUGGAUGGUCCAUAGUAACAGCCGACAAUUCUAGAGGAGCUCAAUUUGAACACACGAUACUGAUCACUGAUAACGGUUACGACAUUUUAACAGUUUAAUCUAUUUUAAGUGUCAAUGGUAGUUUAUGAAUUCCUUUAGUCUGCUAAACAAUAAGGUAC